AUGCCUAUACUCACUCUUCAUCUUCUGAAGCUGAACAAAGUGACCGAUGCCCAAUCAUUCAUCCACCAACUCAAGCAGUCCACCAAAAUCGUCGUCUCCUCACGCCCUCGACACAUCGUAAUCCACCCAUCCCUUCUAGACAAUAACCCACUAGCCACAACAAAUUGGGAUCUCCUACUUCUCCUCCAGAACUCAGCACCAACAGAAGAUCCAAUUCCAUCCACACUCCGCCAAUCAAUUCAGGAAGAAUACAAGCUUACAACCGGAAUUCCAUCAAAGCUCCUCGGUACUUAUUCCGACCGGGAUGCUGACCUAAAAGCCAAAGCGUGCUCAAUCCCACUUACCGGAUCUCUAGAUGAGAUCCUCAAGGGCGAGACAAAAACCACCUCUCAAAAUCUAGAAGUUUCUCCCGAACUACUGGAUUUCAUGCGCGAUGUCUCGAAGACACAUCCGGGACCGGUGACGAUGUUGAACUUGUUACAUUUCCACCAUCCAGAUGGCAAGCAAAAUUACUUUCAGUAUGGACAGGCGUUUGUGCCUGUCGCUGGGAAACGAGGUGGAAGUGCGAAGUUGGUCGGGAAUGUGGUGCCUCCUCAGGGGUGGGAUUCCCCGGGGAUUGAGUAA